AGCUGUCACCUAGCCACAACAACUAACGGUUGUCAUGUUUGAAGGUUGAAAGCGAGCUUUUCUUGCUACAUUUCAUCUGUGUGUUCUGUGGUUUCAUUCUGAUGGUCUCAAGUAAUAGAGCUCCCUGCGACUGUUGAUCUUUAGCUUAUUAUGAGUCAGCUUCAAGGUUUAAAAAGUACUCUCCUAAAGCAGGAUUUAGCAUUGGCCAAGAAAUUUCGCAUGCUAAAUCAAUGGAAAAGCAACAUUAGUUUCGAUGAAUUGUUUGAAGAGAAAGAGAAUAAGAAGAGUAAAUUUCAGCACCAUCCGAGAAAAAUACAAUCUGACGAGGAAUCAGACAAUGAAUCGCCGGUUACAGAAAAAUCAAGCGCCAGUACCAUAAAUGCCGAUUUAUUCAAACAAAAAAUAUUAAAAAAGGCUAUAUCUAAUAACUUAAGCCUGGGCGCUUUCAAUGAAAUUCAGUCCGACGAUGAUCAAAACAUGGAUGAGGAGGAGAAAGGAACCAAAGAGGCAACGGCUGAUCUGAUCUUCGGCGGCGAAUCGCUGGACUUCUUGAGCAACUAUCAGAAGAACAUCCAAGACAAGCAAACAAAAAAGUACGUGGAAAACCUAAUGCUCAACCAGGCCAUGGCUAACAGGCAGACGAAAGUGCGCAUCAACGAGGAAAAGAAAAUCUUCCCGGUCAGGAAAAAGUUGAAGAUGAGCGCGAGAAAGUGCAGCGUCGUGCACAAAUCCGACAUGUGUGAUUCGGUGUUCGAGAAGAAAUUCAAGGCGGUCACUGAGAGAAUCAUAUCCGGCGUCAACGAUAUAUGUAAACUGUUGGAGGAAGGAAUAGCCGAACCCGAUGGCGAGGAAGAUUUCUCCAGAAGGAAUGUGAGAGUCAGGGAAUUCUCAUCGAGAUUCGUCAGAAACUAUUUAUAUCCGCUCAAUCAACAGUUAAAACGCUUUGAAAAUAAGCCGAAGAAACAACAGAACAUAAACCAAAGCCUGAUGACAUGCUAUCAAUUAGUCUUCCAAGGAAUACAGUCCUUUCACAAUCAUUUGCCCACGUCAGUGGGAAACUGUGCUUCCGACAAAGUCAAAUCGUUGAUGGACAACGCCCUCACCAUAUGCCAAAUUCAUAUCGACGCCUUCGAAAUCGCUGAAGAUGAUGACACUAAUGAAUGUUCGGAGUACGUUUAUGCAUUAAAGAUACACGCAGAAAAACUGGUCGAGAAGAUUCGCAAUUCGUUCACUGCUCGUCCCAACACUAACGUGAAGGUUACCACACCUAAGCCGAAGAAGCCGAACAACAUGAAGAUGCAGUCGAGAUACGCAAUGUACACGUCGUCUACGUUCUACAGGAAAGAUCCCGUUUUCAGAAAGGCUCUCGAACAGAUUACCAAGAAAAAAUUCAACGUGAAAUCUAGAUACAAAACGGCGACAUUCAAGCACAGACCGCCGAUUGAGAAGAAUUCUGACAAUCUCCAACCGAAAUCGAAGUUGUUCGAACAGCGUUCGUCGUCUGUGGUCAAUUCGACGCCUUUGCUAAGCGCCCGUAUCGACGAUACGGUUCGAACUCAAAUUGAGAUUUCCGGAUCGCAGCUGCUCACCCCAGCUAACUCGGUCGAGAAUGUGGCGGUGAAUCAGGAUGAACCCGACGACCGAGUGCUCCAACUGGUACAGAAGGAGGUGGGCCCCGAAGAGGAGAAGGUGGCAAAGGAAGGGGAGACGCGUAAGGUCAAGGAGAUGCUGCACGAGUACUUCCGGAACUUGGAGGGCAGGAAGAUCCUGCACGAGCUGGCCGAUCAGCUGCAGAAGGAGCACGAACGCGGUGAAACGAAGGCCAGGUCCUAUCCGGAGGUCACUCUCGGACAGGCCAACUUGGAGAGAAGACCCUCCAGCAAGCUGGACAUUAAGUUGCAAUCGUGGAAAGAACCAACAGUGACUGUUACCGGACCGAAAAAUGCAAAAUUGAUAUGCAUCACCGACGAUAAUCCAAUAAAAGAAACUGUCGUCAAUGACAAAGCCACCUGCAAAACUGUACAGAUUCAAAACCAGGUGGAAGAAAGAUAUGAAUGCAACGCGGACGCAGCUGUAACCGAUCACAAAUCGAAGAAUUCACUGAAGAUGAACCGAUUGCCAAAAUCCGGAAGACCAUUAAAAUUCUUGCCAGAUGCAUAUGCGAUUAACAUAAUUCAAUAUAAACUGGAGUUUAGGAAGAUUAGCAAGACUAAUCCAUUGUACUUGAAAACAACAAACUUGCAACCAUGGGUGUUAAUGGGAAGAUUAGCUGAUGACAUACUUGAUGUUGCGGUAUUGGAUGUAGCGAGGGAUAUUGAGGUGCAUCCCGUGACUGAGCAAAUAUAUAAAGAGGAAAUGCAGCCCUAAUAUUACUGAAUAUUAUACAGUCUCAAUAAAUAUUUUAUACAAUAAACUUUGGCAUAUCUUAAUU